AUGUAUGACUUUGUGCUCUUAUUCCCUCUGUUCCCCAACCAGCAGCUGAGAAGAGAUAGAGCAAUGGUGUUCCUAAUUUUGAGAAAGGUUCAAGGUGCUGAAGGAGGCAGAGAAACUAACUUGGGAGAAACCAGAAAGUCUUUUUUAGGAGCAGACGUUGAGCAGGGCCCUGAAUCACGGGGAGGAUUUGGAGAGGCAGCUGGGACAGAGGGGGGCCACUGCGGUCACUGGCCGGCUCUAGCAGAGCAAAGGUCCUGGCGGGGAAAGCACGGGCCCCAGAGGGGAGCCAAGAGCUGCUCUGGGCAGCUGGUCAAGCAGGGAGGGGCUGUGGCAGGCUGA